AUGGAGUACUAUCAACACUACUAUAGUACUAUAAGUUCCAAAUUAUAACAAACAUUCCACCAUGUCCAAAACAAGCUUCCAAAAGCUAUCUUCUACCCUCAUGAUCCUUCUAGUUUUCCUUUCACACCUUCUAACCACCCAUGGAAGUUCUAAAUCCCAAUUAGAUUUUUCAAGAAAAUUGCCAAAGAAAGCAAUAAGACUAAAGAGGUCAAAAACCAUUAGCCACCUUCAUUUCUACUUCCAUGACAUACUUAGUGGGAAAAACCCCACAGCUGUUAAAAUAGUUGAGGCCAAUAUGACAAAAAAUUCAGCAACAAAAUUUGGUUCUAUGGUCAUGAUGGAUGACCCUUUAACCAUUGGACCAAAACUAAGUUCCAAACUUGUGGGAAGAGCUCAAGGGAUUUAUGCACAAGCAUCACUUAAUGACAUUGCUUAUUUAAUGGUUCUAAAUUUUGCUUUUGUUGAUGAGGGUGACUAUAAUGGUAGCACGUUAAGCGUUUUGGGUAGAAAUAAGGUCUUGUCUAGUGUCAGGGAGAUGCCUAUUGUUGGUGGAACUGGAGUUUUCAGGUUUGCUCGUGGCUAUGCUCUGGCAAAGGCUCAUGCUUAUGAUCCUAAAACUGGCAAUGCUGUUGUUGAGUACAGUGUUUUUGUUGUUCAUUAACGAAAUAAUAAUAAUCAGAUUCUCUAUCAGAACUCCAAAGUUAAGUCCAAAGUUAAGUGUUUCGGAUGGUCAUGUCAGGGAGAUAAGUAUUGUUAAAGGAACUGAAAUUUUCAAAUAUUAUUGGAAUGAAUGACCCUGAAAAGUUAUGAUGUUGUAAUUUGUAUCCCUAAAACAAAGGAAAUGUGUAAUUUAAGAUUUGCUCUUUCGUUUUGGCUUUUUAUGACAAUAAUAAUGUUUUCAACUUUGUUGGGCC